CUGCGGCUGCAUCACGAUCUCACUGCUCCUUGUUAAAGGCAGACGAUGAGCACUACAUCCCACGAGCCGUGCUGCUGGACCUGGAGCCCCGAGUUAUCCACUCCAUCCUGAACUCCCCUUACGCCAACCUCUACAACCCGGAAAACAUCUACUUGUCUGAGCAUGGAGGGGGAGCUGGGAACAACUGGGCCAGCGGCUUCUCACAGGGAGAAAAAAUCCAUGAAGAUAUUUUUGAUAUAAUAGACAGAGAGGCUGAUGGGAGCGACAGUUUGGAAGGGUUUGUGCUUUGCCACUCCAUCGCUGGUGGAACAGGCUCCGGGCUGGGCUCGUACCUCCUGGAGAGGCUGAAUGACAGGUAUCCGAAGAAGCUGGUGGAGACGUACUCGGUUUUCCCAAACCAGGAUGAGAUGAGCGACGUUGUGGUCCAGCCGUACAACUCCCUGCUGACGCUGAAGAGGCUGACCCAGAACGCCGACUGCGUGGUGGUUCUGGACAACACGGCCUUGAAUCGGAUCGCGACGGACCGGCUGCACAUUCAGAACCCGUCGUUCUCCCAGAUCAACCAGCUGGUCUCCACCAUCAUGUCUGCCAGCACCACCACGCUCAGGUAUCCCGGGUACAUGAACAAUGACCUCAUCGGGCUGAUUGCCUCGCUGAUCCCCACCCCCCGGCUGCACUUCCUCAUGACCGGGUACACGCCGCUCACCACCGACCAGUCGGUGGCCAGCGUGAGGAAGACCACGGUCCUGGACGUGAUGAGAAGACUGCUGCAGCCUAAAAACGUGAUGGUGUCCACGGGGCGAGACAGGCAGACCAACCACUGCUACAUCGCCAUCCUCAACAUCAUCCAGGGGGAGGUGGACCCGACGCAGGUUCACAAGAGUCUGCAGCGGAUCCGGGAGAGGAAACUGGCCAACUUCAUCCCCUGGGGUCCUGCCAGCAUCCAGGUGGCUUUGUCUCGCAAGUCCCCCUACCUGCCGUCGGCACACCGCGUCAGCGGCCUCAUGAUGGCAAACCACACCAACAUCUCCUCG